CUGGGCCGGGAACUCCUGAUUAUUGUCGAAGCGUUAUUUCUAGAAGGAAAAAGGAGAAAGGGGUUAGUCUUCAUUCUUUUUAGAGGGCUCACUGUGAUUCAAAAUUUGGCGGGGAGGAGAAGGGAAGAAGCAAGGGAGAAAAAACCCGCUUUGCUGCGAUCCGUCCUAGCGUGACAGUGAAAGAAGGGGUGGCUUUCUCGCCUAAGACACCCAUUACUGACUUUUGGCGUUCCUGAAUACCUUAGCUUACUUCACUACUUUCUUUACCACUGUAUCUUACGAGUAAGGCAUCGGUCACGGUAAAUCAAGUCUAAUACUCCAACGUCUAGUCAGAUUGUGGAAACAUCGCCGUCACCACAACGACGUCGAAUUCAGUCCCCAGUACCAGGGACGGGGCCCGCUCCAACAUGGCAGCUCUCGUCCAGUCAUUUCCAACUCAACAGUCUUCCCCACCGGUCUCCUUGAUGCAAUCACGUCCUCAAUCUUCCACGACCACUUUACAAGCAGGAACUCCAAACCAGUCUGCUCACCCUGCCCAACAUCACCACUUGACGCCACGAAACAUGGGUGGCUACCCAAACGCAAGUACUGGUAACAUUAGUGGUGGUGGCUAUCGCCCUGGUUACUCGUCUGCGCCUGUUGCCCCCUAUGCUUUCACGAGCACGCCCGGGCUGUCGAAUACAAAAUCAGCCUUGACCGGUCCUAAGAUCUGUGAGAGAGCAUCAUCUGCCGCUGCUGCCGGACACUCGGAUUCACGGAAUCGGUACCCCACGUCGGACUCUGUAUCGUCCUCUUCGUCGGCUUCUUCGGACCCGUCAUUUCGGUACCAGCAGGCACAAUCCACAACUGUCCGUUCGAAGGAGGAACAUUCUGAUAGUCGCCCUAACCCAAGACCCCUUUCUACAGUGUCAACCAAUCUGUCGCCUCCACCAAUCUCGUCUCCAACUAGCCGGCCCAGUCCCGACCGCUAUCGUCGUGCUAAUAAUGGGCGAGCGGGUUCCUAUACGGGGCAAGUCGGUAGCGGGUCUGCUCAACCAAGUGGGUCUGGAAUGGCUGCAGUAGCUGCUCUAUAUGCGCAGCCUGGUAGGGCGACCAGCAAUCCUUCACUACCACCGAUAGUUGGAAAUGCGGGUGGAAUGGGAAAAGCACCUUUUAUUGGGGAUUACACUGGACAAUUGAGGAGUCAGUCUGUAGACGAUAUACAUACUUAUCGAAGCCCCUCUGCCAUUUCGAAUUUACAACAGAUGCAAAAUAGGCGGAGAUCCGUUGGCCCCGAUGCAUUCAGUCCCGAAAGUCUCCAAAGCAUUAUAGGGAACGAGAUGCCAUCAUUGCCACAGACAACAAACCUGCAGCUUUCUCGUCCAGGAUCUGCUGCCAGCGGCUCUGCUAGCGGCUCCACCAAAUCACAGGCUGGGGCUUCAGGCCCUAAUUCCGUAACCCAAAAUACUCUCCGACCGGGUAAUAGGAGAACCGGUAGCACAGAUAGUUCUGCUUCGGGGAAUUCCUCACGCCCAAGCUCUGUAAUACCCCCUUCCCCUUUUUAUGUCUCCUAACUUCAUUCUAACGGGGCAUUACAGAGCAAACGUAACUCUAUUCAUUCGACAACCUCCAAUCCUGGCCAGGGCUCGACCAAUUCCGCACACGAAAUCAAUCUUGCCCACGUUCCUCCACGUGGUUCCUCCACCGAUUUAAGCAAGCGAACCACAGCACCAUCUCCUCUUUCCAAACCGAUGAGUUUGAGUUCAGAUUCACCUGCUCCGCAACUACCCGAUGAUGUAGCCAACACCAAUGCGGCUCCGCAAUCUUCAGGAAAUCCCGUGACUGAACACCAUGCUGUCUUCUCUGAGCCGCGUAAGGGGAUGAAGAGUCGGCUCAGACGUGCCUUUUCAUUCGGCAGCGCGGCCGAGCUUCGUAAAGUCUCGGCUGUCAAUAGUUUGAGGGGUGAAGAAUCGGCUGAGAGGGCGAGAAUACGACAGGAGAGGUUCCGCGAAGAGCAAGAGGCCGAGCAGGCAAGAAUUGCAAAACGCCAGGAGGAAGCCGGGCUGGGCGAGGGCAUCUACAACGGUCAGGGGAAUUUUUUCACCGGAUCGACCGACAAUAUCUCGGUGUCAUCGACAGCAUCGUCAGCUUCGAUCAUGAUUAGAAAAAUGGGCAAGGGAAUGAAGAAAUCUACUCGCUCGCUUGUCGGGCUGUUUAGGCCCAGAUCGGUCGUCGGCGUCCCUGCUGCCAGUGGGCCAGUCACCUCCCAACCCAGCACCGGUCAGGUGUCAAUGGUCACUGUAGAAGCAGAGCGAGAAAAUGUUAAUGUGAAUGCCGACCCGCACGGACAGGUGGGUGGUGGGACAGGUUUUCCUAAGCUGGAUAGAAAUUCGAUCGAGAUGGGGCAGCAUCGGACCCUGGAUCCAAAUGUUCGGGGCGCCAGUGUUGCUGAUGAUAUGGCCCGCAAGAGUGUAAUUGGGACUGAUAGGGAUCGGGCCCAGAUUCUGGCUGCUGUACGGAAGGGAAUCUUGAAGCGUGGGUCAAUCCAUCAAAUCUGGAGUUUAAUUGCUAAUUAGUGGCAUAGGGUCCGGCUCUUCUUCUCCGGUGGCCAAACCGGUCGACCUCAAUGGCGCAGUUUCUGGCCCCUCGGACACUGAAAAUCAGCGGCCGUCAUCUGGCAAGCAGAGGUCAGAUUCCCUCAAGAUCGAAGGCGAGGAUUACUUCAUGUCAUCGCCUCGAUUCCCGGCCGGUUCUUCCAACAGUGCCCCCACCUCUCCCGCUUCAAUGUCGCGGUAUAAUGUCAGUUUUAGUCCACGGAUCACCUUUCACGAUACCUGGCCAAGCGGGGAAUACGAUAGGCGUGGUGAGAUUGCCACAUGCAAUCGGUUGACUCCUAUGCUGGCUCAGCAGAUCAAAGAGGAACUGAAUACAUUCAAAAUGGUAUCCAUUAUUGUGACGGUUAUUUUGUGGGUGGAGAAUGUGCUAACUGGCUAUAUAGGAGAUGGAUGUUCAUGAGGAGUCCAAAGUUUAUACGCAUUUCUUCUAACGACCUGUGUGCAACGCGGCGUUUCAAAAGCUUUUUCUUUUUCCUAGGAGCUACAUUUCUAUACGGCGACCAUACAUCUUUUCCUAGAAGCUGAGCGAGGUCAUUUGCCAUACGUUAUUUUUAUCUGUCACAAGUUGGGCGAAGUGGGUAGUUGGGAAGGAAGACGACGAGUGUGACGCGUCCUUCCGGAAAGCUUUGCAUGGUUUUGCUACCGCCCUAAUGGACUGGAAUUGGGUCUCCUUUACUUUAUUUUACAUACUUCCUUUAACUUUGUAUCGGUUACAUUUGCAUCCUUUUCAUUCAUUCAUUCCAGUGUCAUCCCUUCGUAUGCGGUUUGCUUUUUCGCGUGGCAUAGUGUUUUGGGCAUUUCCUGUUAUUUGCGCGUUGGUGAUUUUUUUUUCCUUCUUUCCUUUUCUCUGGGUUUUCCUUGGAGUUUCGAUCCGUCGACCGGGUAGAAUACCCCCUUAAUGAUGCCUUAAGGUGUGAGAUAGCGGUGUUAAUUCAUCGACCGUGUUAGAAGAGGUUGAAGUACUGGUAUGGGAUGGUAGUGGCGUGCGCAUGAGUUAGUGGACGAGAGGGAGGGAUUUUUCUGAGUUUUAUAUAUAUCAAGUGGAGGCGCAUUAUUGGCGGUGCGGUGUCGGUUCUGUCUUCGUUUUUCAUCUGUCUCAACUACAUUUUCUAGUACUCGUUUGCACUUUCCAUCGUAUAUCCUCUCCUUUCCUAUCUCUCUUUCUGUAUACUUGUGCAAAGUGCUAGUCCUGAUUUGGUUUGAUUUUCUUUCUUUUUCUUUCUUUUUUCCUGUCUUGAUUUCUGGCUGUUAGUUACUUCAUCCAUGAGGGGGUUUAUAGGUUUCCCCUAAAGAUACCUCUUCGUUGGAGCUCUUUUUCUUUCCUUUUUCUAUUUUCGCUCGUUCUCUACAUAUCCUCGGGCAUUACUAGCCUUGUUCCAUCGGUGUGUCCUGGUAGGUAUAGGAAUAGGGUUUGCUGACCCAAUUGCCGUAGACAAAAGGGAAGGGGAGAGAUUAUGCCAUUGAUGAACCGAGAAUCCACCUCACCCGCGGAAGUCGGUCUAGAGAUUUUCAAAAAAAAAAUAAAAGCGGGAGGGGAGGUGGGGACAUCAGAGAAGGGAUUUCUUUAUUGUUUCUUCAUUUUAAAUAUUUUGCAGGCUUUUUGUGCUUAUUUUCCCCCGCUCUUGUUUGGUCCGUAACAUUCUCUGGGAUUUCUUCCCAGCUCUGCUGUGUUUUGCUGUGCUUUCCUUUCCUUCCCCGUUCCGUUCUCGUGAUGCGCAAUAUCAGACUGGUAUAUGGGAAUUGGAUGGUGAUAAUCACAUCACCUCCCUUGUACAGUAUAGCAGUGUUAUUUCAUAACGCGAUCGAGGUCAUAAUCUAUCACUCGAAGGUGUCUAUCGAAGG